CAGGAGUUCAUGAAGGCAGCAUAGGUCCACCCGGUGGUGCUGUGAUAUUGAGAGGUCAUACAUUUUCAAAAAACAGAAGAAAUCAGAGCAGAAGAAAGCCAGGAUGUCUGGAGAACUGUCCCUUAACAUAAACAUCAAGGAGCCAAGAUGGGACCAAGGUACAUUCAUGGGGCGCGCCCAGCACUUCUUCAUGGUCACAGAUCCCAGGAACGUCCUGCUGUCCUCUGAGACUCUGGAGGAGGCCAGAGUAAUCGUGCAGGACUACAGAGCAGGCGUUGUGAAGCCUGGCCUGACAGAGGAUGAGCUCUGGAGAGCAAAGUACGUCUAUGACUCUGCCUUCCACCCCGACACCGGGGAGAAGAUGUUUGUGAUUGGUCGGAUGUCUGCCCAGGUGCCAAUGAACAUGUCCAUCACAGGCUGCAUGCUUACCUUCUACAGGACUACUCCGGCAGUGGUGUUCUGGCAGUGGGUUAACCAGUCCUUCAACGCUGUCGUCAACUACACCAACCGCAGUGGAGAUGCCCCCAUGACUGUGAACCAGCUUGGCGCGGCCUACGUUAGUGCUACUACUGGUGCCGUAGUAACCGCCCUGGGACUCAAGUCCUUAGCUUCGCGUCUCCCUCCAAUCGUCAGCCGGUUUGUCCCUUUUGCUGCUGUUGCUGCUGCCAACUGUAUCAACAUUCCCUUCAUGAGACAGAGGGAAUUGAAGUACGGUAUCCCUGUGACAGAUGAGAACGACAACAGGUUAGGAGAGUCUGCCAGUGCUGCCAAACAGGCCAUCGUGCAGGUGGUGGUGUCAAGGAUCGGCAUGGCAGUGCCUGCAAUGGCCAUUCCCCCUGUUAUAAUGAAUGCUCUGGAGAAGAGGGCUUUCAUGAAGCGCUUUCCAAUUCUAAAUGCUCCAGUGCAGGUGGGGCUCGUGGGUCUGUGCCUGGUGUUUGCAACUCCUCUGUGCUGCGCCCUGUUCCCUCAGAAAAGCUCUAUGAGUGUGAGCUCGCUGGAACCAGAUCUGCAGGAGAGGAUACGACAGAUCAGUCCUCACACCACCACCGUCUACUUCAACAAGGGCCUGUAGGAGCAGCAACACUCAUCUCCAUGCAUAUGCACAAGACACGCAGACACUCACACAUAUAAUGUAUACCCUUUUGUACUCUGGGCACAAAUGGGAGUACAAAACAAAAUUUAUUUAUGUAUUUUGUUUUGUUUGUGGGUAUUGCGGCGUUUUUGUUUUUAAUUUGACUGCAUGGAGUUGCUCCAAGUCUGACAGUGGAAGGUUACUAUUAUUUGAAAAAGAAGAUUCAUUGAAGGGAAAAUGACGAAUUUUUAGAAGGAAGUUGGCAGACAGUUCUUUCUGUACAUAGAAGGCACUCCUUAGGGGAGAAAAACUGACUUCAGAUUUUUUUUGAAUUAUCGUGUUGUGGUGUGUUUUCUGUCUUCCGCCAGUCAAAACUGCAUAUUGGGUGGCAGUUCAUGAAGUUAAUGAUUUUGUAUUUGACUCACCAAUAUUUCGUUGCAUUCAGGUUUACGUCCUGAUAGAUUUCUUGUAAUUCCAGUUUAAAAUUAAGGCCUGUGCUUGUAAGUUGUGUGUCUAAUUGCUUCUGAAUGUAACAAUCUUUUUUUGCCUUGUGUCGCUGCUCUUUAUUAUUCUUGCUCAGUCAUUGUCACAUUAUUCUUUUUUGAAAGGUGACAUUGAAAAAAAUUCACACCGACCAUGGUAGAUUAAAUUGUUGCCCCGAUUACUUUUCAUCUACCAUGUAGCUGCGCUGAAAAAAAGGAGCUCUAAUUAGUCUGACUCUUCGUGAAUUUUGUCCUGUUUUGUUGUGUUUUUGCCUCUUGUUAACCAACGCUGCUUCUUACUCUCUUCAAAUCUCCUUUAAGUGUACUUAUGCCCCUUCAUAUUCUUAGACCGGGUAAUCAGGUGCUAGAUACAUGUGGCAGAAGAAUAUAUGUAGAAGUUAAGCUGCAAAAACUCACAAAGCACAGCCAGAAGUAGUGAGAGUGGUUUCUAUUAACAUAAAUAAGUACUGUGGCAGCCUGUUUUCCAAGAUUUUUUUUUUUCAUUUUAGGUGAUGGUGCUUGUUUGGUGGUUGCGUCUGGUGGAAAGGAAUAUCCAAUGUUGUCUGUAUAUUGUAUUGCUAAGAUGAAGGAAGAAGAAGAAAUACUGUUAUCUGCUCCUAAAUUCCUUCCCAGUUUGACCGUUUUUAUGUUUAAAUGCAGUGCAGGCGAUGAUGUUUUAUUGUUAUCUUAAAACUUUCUGUUCACGUUUUGGUGGUUUUAAUGUUUGCACGUGCCCUGAAGAAUUACAAAAGCUGACCGAAAGAAGUCAGUUUCCCGUUCUUGAAAGUUAGAGACGCAGGGUUUUUAUUUGAACCAGCUGCCUGCACAACUGCGCCAUAGCCAUUUAUGUCCUGUUGUACCAAAUGAAAGUAGUAAAUGUUGCGUGGCAAAGUCAUAAUAAUCAAUCCCUAUUCGUAGGUCAGGGAAGCAGGCGAUUGUGUGCACAGUGUUUGAUGUUGCUUUGUUGAAGUGGACAGUUUGGCUGAGUUUUAGCGUUUCUGAUCAAAUUCUUUCGCAUUGUUGACCAAGCUCUCCAAACACACAACUGUCCAAGUGUGGUUAGAUAGUAGUGAUGUUGGUGUACGUAAGGACAGGCCAUCUGUCUGGAUUAUAAAAAAUAGGUAUAUUUUUCUGGAAUAUAUUUAUAUAUACAGUAUAUAUAUGAUGUAAAGUAUAUGGAGCACAUAUGCAUGAGGGAUUUUAGAGAUUUAAAUGUAUGCCUCUGUUAGUGAAUCCACCAGAUGGCCCCACAUAUGCACUGGAAAACAAUGUCUGCUGCUCAUAUUGCAGGAGUCCAAUUUAUUGCAAAUGAGUAAGUGCUCCUCUUGCUUUAGGGCUAAUAAGUCCUCAGAUUGGAAGAGUCUUUCUCUGGUUGGACUUAUCUCAAAACAGAGAACACAGUCUCAAAUAACCAACGAUGAUUCAAUGUUAGUGUGAAGUGGUGUUUUUAACGUAUGUUGCUUAAAACGUAUAACCCACAGUAAGAUUGUACAGACCAUGUUUAUGCUAAAAUCCAUCUCCGUCAAGUUACUUGGGUUUAUGUUUUGGAAAUUUGUUGCUGCACAAUCAUGCAUUUAAAGCAAACAGAUCGCAUGUGUUGAGGGAUUGUAACAACUGCUGCAUUUUUAUGAUUGAACUUCUGUACAAACAGAAAUGCACAGUAAUUGUGGUUAUGUGCGAUCCUGAAGUUUAGCGAUUUCAUUGAAGAUCACUUUUGGGAAAUGUUGCCACCUGAAAUUUACAAGAAAGUGAAUGUCCUGUUACUUGUAAACAUAUCUUGUUUUGGAACGACACUCUUUUUCAGCUGCUUGCUUACACUCCAUUGUAACUCAUAUUUUCAUAGAAAUAUUUAAAGAGCCCAUGUUAUGCUUUUUGGGUUUGGCCCUGCAAACUUAGACAACCUCAAGUCCAGGCUUUUUUCUGUUAUCUACAGCACUAUGUAACACAUUUGCGUAACACCUACCUAGCAGCUAGUUUGGGAUGCCAAGACAGCUUCUCCCGCAGUCUGCCUAUGCUCAGAUCUGUACGUAGAACCAACAUAUUACCACGUUUCUGCCUUUAGUUGGCCAUGUUGACCAAUCAAAGCAGGCUGCUACAAUGUACAAUGUGGGAAAAAAAUACUGUUUUUGAAAACUGAAGCUUCUAGUAGACCAGCAAAAUGAAAUAACACUCCUGUAAGUAUGCAUAACAUGGGUUCUUUAAUUCCCUUCUGUCUCAUCCCUGUAAACACACACAGCGGUUACCGUUUGAGCCUCCAGGUGCUUGAAUCAAACUCCUGAUCACAUGCGCUGCAGGACAGUGUUUCAGAAUUAGCAUCGUUACUGUAUUACAAUGUUUGGAGUGCUUGCGGUUCUGCUACAGUGCUGAUGGUAGUUAUUGCGUGUUCCGUUUGAGGUUUGCUGAGGGUAAAACUGCACUAUUUAACCUUUGCUGUGCUGCUGUAGGAGCUAGCUAAUUAUGUGUUGCUAUUUAAAAGGAGAAGUAUAUAUUGAAGAUUGUGAUUCUUUAUCAUGCUGGAUGCUAAUUCAUGUUUCGUUCAUGGUCUGGCAGCUUUCAGUGCUCAUAACCAAGUUGCUUACUUUAUGCUUUUUUCUUCCUUUGUGUUUUUCUACUUUUGGAGUUAUGGUGCGGAAAUAUCAAGAACAAAACUGAAGGGGUUGAGUCCGCACUCAGAUGCAGUUGUAAACUUGCAUCUCAGCUUGUGACUGUACUGUACCAUCGUAACACGUCGCACCCACAGAUCUAGCCAAAGAUGAGACGGGUAUGAAUCGUGCAGGAUUAAGAAGAUGAAGAAGAAGUGUGUCGCUUUUCAAGUUUUUGUUUCAGCUUUAGCAUAAGGACCUUUUGCCAGACUUUAAUCAUGCAAGAACGUGUUAGUUUUUUUACAAAGUGGUCCUAAACCUUGUCAGUGCAACACUCAACAGUACACCAAAAUUUUCAAGAAUGUCACAAAGAAUUCUAAAUACAAAGUUAUGAGAUUGAUAUAAAUAAAUCCCAACACUCUUUUUAUCUCGUCAUAUUUUAACUGUUGAUUUUAUUCACAUUACACUAAAAUGUCAUGAUAAGCACACUUGUUCUAAUUUACAACCUGAGUUGUGUACACCAUGAAAAUGUUACAUGUCUGCAUACUGAAGGUACAAAUGUAAAGACAAUCUGUGUUAUUGUUACACUCCAUGAAUGUUUUGGUUGUUUCAUGUACAUACGACAUCCAUACAUGUAGACCCGUCAGUAUUGGUGCAUAGUGUUUUCUCCCUCCGUUUUGUAUUGUUUUGGAAUAUGUUUCCGUGAUGUGAAAUGUAUUUAACUCAGAGCAAUAGAAUAAAAUGUGUCCAAACCUG